UAUCUAAUGAAUUAAAUAUUCUAGCUAUAUUACCGAUUCUAGUAUAAAUUACUGCUUUUAAACGUGACAGGGGUUAUGUGACCGGAAAGUGUCAAACAUGGCAACGUAGAUUUCCUCCACCAUUGGAUUUAAAGCGGGAAUGAGACGAAGCAGUAAUCUAAAAGUUUACUAAUUUACAGCUGGCAUAGCUAACAGUAGAAAAAAACAUCGUGCCAAUGGAUCGUGUGCUGUAAUAAACACGCUAACACAACUCGGGUACCGUUUAUUAGUGUGGAAUUACGGAAUAAUGUAACUAACAUACGUUGAGCAAAGCAGCUAACCGACAGAUCCGGGGAAACGUCGAGACACUAACGUUACGUAACGUUACACGGGACAAACAAGGACAUCCUGGGUAUGUUGACUAAAGAAAAUAGGGCAAUAACGACGUCUUUUACUCAGUGAAAGAGAAAUGAAUGAAUAGAAUGAAGCCGAAACGCAUCCAGAGGCGUAACGUUACAGGACCCAAGUGGCAAGGGAAAGGUGCCAACACUGGUGGUGACAAAGCAGCCCUGAGCCAAGCUAAGCCAACAUGUGUGUCCUCUACUGCUCAAGUCAAACCUUUUGCUGGGAAAUUGUUUUAUCUGGAUCUGCCAUCAAACAGAAUAGCAGAGACAUUGGAGAAUGACAUCACAAACCUGGGAGGGAUUGUUGAGAAGUUCUUCAGUAAGGACAUUAGGUAUCUGGUAUCCAACAAGAGGGAGGCUAGAUAUGUGCAGUGUCUCAGGCAGGACUCUCCUGUUCCCAGCCCGGACACCGGCCCGAGUUCACCUUACCCUCGAACAAACCAGCACCAAUCUGGCACCCGUGAGGACAACAGCAAAAGCAAGUCUCAGGGCCAAACGGACUCUUUUGUUCAAAGUCGAGGGAAGUAUUUGGUGGAGAGAGUGGUGAAAGAGCAGGAGAGGGUGAAAAUGAACAAGAUCCUGUCAAAUGCUCUGGAGUGGGGUGUGAAAAUCCUCUACAUAGAUGAUAUAAAGGCAUAUGUUCAGAAGAAAAAAGAUAUUGUCAGCCGCCUGUGUCCUGCUACCACUGCUGUCAAAACAAGUGUCAGUUUACAGGUCAAAGUUCAGUCAGAAGCAAAGCAAGGCUUUCAAAAAUGCAAAGGGGGAAGGAUCAGUAAACCGUUUGUCAAGGUUGAGGAUUCAAGCAGACACUACCGUCCAAUCUACCUCACUAUGCCUAACAUGCCUGAGUUCAACCUGAAGACUGUUCCUCCAUGUAGCCCUUUCUGUGUCGAGGACAAGGAUCCUCCUGGGAACAAACAACCAGCACACAGAGGUGCGAAAGCCAGUGAAGAGCGACAACAUGGCCGAAAGAAGACGAGAGACAAGAAACGAGGCGGCUACUGCGAGUGCUGUAUGAUCAAAUAUGAGAACGUCACAACGCAUUUAAAGAGUGAACGUCACAAGGCUUUCUCCAAGAGUGACAAAUACCUGGUGGUGGACAAACUGGUUUCAACUCUGCAGCACUGCAACUUUCUCCACAUCAAAACUCAAGUUAAAAGACCAAAGUGCAGUGUUUCCUCUGUUCUGAUUGUUCCUGGACCAUGUGGGAAAACUGUACAAAGACACAAGGGAGAUCUUGAUACCACAGAAGAAGAACAGCAUCAGACUCUUGAUGGGCAUGAGGGUUCUUAUUCAGGACAGACUUUAAAAAUCCGAUCAAAUGCUGGUUCUGCUCCUCUGAUUAACAGGGAGGGGGAGAGGAGGAGCUAUUACACACUCUCUAACAGAUCCAAGCACAAAUCUAUUGCAUGUAAACGGACGUGUAGACAGAAUUCUUUGACUUCUUGCUCUCAAAAACCUGAGCAAGAUCCAAUUUCUCAGCCCAAGAUGGAAACGUCCCCCUCUAGAGGUGAACGUCUUCCCUCUAUUCCCUCCAGAGGUACUCGGGUCAACAAGGUGGCCCAAAAAAUAACUCAAGACAUGAACAGCCCAACUGCUUACUUCCACAAUACGAACGUACAGAAUGAAGCUUCUUCAAAAUGCCUUGAUGUUAAAACAAAUCGACAAGAGGAGUCUGAUAAUAAACAGGAUUCUUUAGUGUAUGAGGCUGUUGAGGAUGGAAACGUACUGCCUGACAAAAUGACUGCAAACAACCUCUCAGAAAGGGAAGAAGCGAGCCUUCCUACCCUAAGCUUCUCUCCGGUCCAGAAAAUACAGCGAAGGAUAAGAGUUUAUAAACGCAAAAGACAAAAAAUAAACACACUCGUUGAACGCGUAAAGCCGAGUGUCAUUCCCAAUGGCUCGAGGCUGAAACUUUGGGAACUUUUUCAGUCAAGUGAUGACAUGGAUGUGGAAUUUCUGGGCUUUAAGGACUAGGAAAUGAGGGGACUGAAUUGAAGGGAUGAACUGGACUAUUAUUACUUUUUCAUAUACUUGAACCAAAUCAAAUUCUGAGCCAUGGACUAUACAAGCUACUAGAUUUUUCUUGUCUUUAGAAACAUCAGUUUAACUAUGGUCGAGUGAUCUACAGUUGCCUAUUGUCAUUCAGGGAUGAAGAAAGCCUAAUUCUUCUAUUUUGUUUCAUAUCAGAUGAAAAGCAGCUUCUGAUGUGCUGUAGCAUUUUGUACACAGCGCUGUAUAAGAUAAUAGCUAAACCAGCAAACGAGGACAUUCCCAAUUCUCUUUACAAUGGCUUUAAAAUGACAUUUUUGUGUGUGGCAAAAACUGGUUGAAAAUAAUUUUUUAUAUAUUUAAAUUCUCAACCCAAAAACAACACAGAAUUUGCAAUUUGAAAAAAUGUCUUUGAAACUAAUAUUGCCAUAAAAUUCGUCUUAAAUGUACUGAAUUUAGUGACAUCUUGAUAUUGAGUUGCAGCCCUUUUCACGCAAUCCACAUCUUAGCUAAAGUUGAAAAAGAUUUCUGUAACUCAUCUUGUCUAAUCUAAAUUACCUUGUGAUGGUACUAAGGGAAAUCCUAGCUAAUAGCUUUUACCUGGGUUCAGUUUAUCAAUCUAGAAAUAGCUUUAAAUAAUUUUAUGAAAAAUACAUAUAGUGGUUGCAUAUGUAUUUUAAUGUGAAUACCUGCAGGUUGGAUGUGUGGUACUAUGUAUGACAUUUUAGGAUUCUUCCUAAGUGCACUUUUCUUGACCUGCCUUUGGGUGCUUUUUCAGAUUCAUUAGCGCAGCUUCAUUUUUUCCCCCGCAUUUAGUGCAUUGGCAUAGCGCCCUUGCUCUCUCUGACUGCUCUUAAAUGGAUGCACCGGGUCAAAUGACAGGCUCUUUGAGGUACAAGCACAGCUGCAAAUAAACUGGCAUAGGCAACACUGAAUGCAUUAGUCAUUCAUUAUUUUUUUUUCUCCUCUCAUACAGAUUAUAACUUGUUGCCACUGUGCUUUUAUGAUCAUGGCGCACAAACUGUUCCUGCCUCAUACAUGCAAUUGUAUACCACACAUUAAAGGGUCCAUCCAUUAUUUAUACACGUUUAUCCUGUGUGUAGUCUAAUGUAUUUUAGCGGGUAUACUGUACUAUAUAAAUAUAUGGACCAGAAUGGGCAUCAAAGUGGGGCAUCUGGGUAGAGCGGGGCAAUAUAUCGAUGUAUCUAUUCCCCGAUAUGAGACUAGAUAUUGUCUUAGAUUUUGGAUAUAUCGGAAUAUGGUAUGUGUUGUCUUAACCUGGUUUUACAGGCUGCAUUAGAGUAAAGUGAUGCAAUUUUCUGAACUUACCAGACUGUUCUAGCUGUUCUAUUAUUUACCUUGAUCCACUAAGUUAUUAAAUAAUUUCUAGAAAAUAUUUAUCAAAAAUCUCAUUGUGUAAAUAAUAUUUUGUUAAGGCACCAAUAAUCAACCACAAAAUAUCGUCGUAAUAUUGACAUUUAGGUAUUUGGUAA